AUGUGGCAGCACCCACUCCCACAGCUGCCCGUGGCCGAGCUCUUAGCAGAGGAGGAGACGGCGGCGGGGCCACUGCAGUCGGGGAAGUCGCCAGUGGUCACCCGCCGCGUCUGGGGAGUUUAUGGUCCAGCAGAACCUCAGAACGCGGUGUUUGAGGAUGUGUGUCCCCUUCUGACGUCCUUCUUAGAUGGGUACAAUGUUUGCAUCAUGGCUUACGGACAGACAGGAAGUGGGAAGAGCUUCACCGCGCUGGGCCCGCAUUCCAAGGGGGAGCCGGCCCCGCAGUCGGAAGCCCUCGGCGACUCGGGCGUCAUCCCCAGAGCCGCUGGAGAACUCUUCAGGCUGAUUUCAGAAGAUCCGUCAAGGAGCCCCGAGGUGGAAGUUUCCAUAGUGGAAGUUUAUAACAAUGACAUUUGUGACCUCCUGGCCAACGACAGGUGUCGAGAGGCAUCUGGGCGGCAGGUGCCGACAACCCAGGAGGGGAAGGAGGUCUCUGGGCUGACCUACGACAGACCCGCGGUCAAGUCGGUCACUGCCACGGAGCUCCUCUGCCCUGCGCCCCAGUUGCCGGCCACCGAGAGGAGGCCGAGCACGUCCCGCAGAACCGCUUCUGUGUCGCCGAGGACCCAAGGACUCGGGCGGGGGUCCCUGGGCCCCGCCGGCCACGCGGAGCAGGUGCGCGCCAAGCUGAGGCCCAUGGGCCUGGUGGGCAGUGAGUGCGCAGGAGAGAGUGUGUCUGGGGCGACGGGAUCAGCCCUGAGGGAGACUUUGUGCAUCAACCGGAGCCUGGCGGCCCUCGCAAACGUCCUGGGGGGCUUCCCGGCCCUCGGAGUCACUGUGCCGAGGGUCACUGCUGUUGAGAUCACUGUCACUGCUCUCGGUGUUGUCUGGCCCUGGGUGGUUUGUGGAGCGUGGGCACCACCUGCCCCUCCGGCUGGGCUCCCAGCUCCUAGGGGUGUGGCACACGCAGGGGGUCUCUGGGCUGUGGGAUUGCACCGCACCUGCACGGACGCCCCUGCUCUGGGCUGUGCGCCCUGGCUGGCCACGUGGAGGCUGGGCUCCUGGUUGCAGGUGCCAGAGACCCGACUGAGUCAGAAGAAGUGUGGGCGACCCUCGGGGCUGUUGAAGCAUCAGGCUGUGGGUUUGGGGAUCGAGGUGACCUGA